UGAGGAAAGAGCUCUGCAGUGAGUUUUGCCAUUCUCAUCCUCUGGAAUGCAUCAGCUCCUCUGACUUAUCUGUGUGCAAAAUCAACACACUCCGCUGGAUGCGCACGGGCAGACUCCAAAAAAGUUACAAUGCGCAUCUAAUUAUAGCGACUCAGCGAAAGGUUUGAGUGACUUUUCCUCUUCUCCGCAGCUUUCUUCUGAAACGUUUAUUCAGCAGUACCUGCAAGCAGAAAGUGAAGCGGUCCUCUGUCGAGUCCCAAGCGAAUCUCCUGGUCGGGAGACAAGCUUUGACUCCAGACUACAGAGGUCCAAGAGGCUGGCAAACUAGUUAAGGAGAUUUAUUAUUAUUAUUAUUAUUUUUAUUAUUAUUAUUAUUGUUCUGCCGUGCACUGGAGUUGUGCGCUUGAGCGUGGAUAUGCCGGACAGUACGCGUGGAGGACGGCUGCUGCAGUUGGCCGUGGCUCUGGUGGCCCUGCUGUCGCUCUGUGGCGAGCUCGGAGACGCUGAAGAGGUGGUGGACACCGGGGACACCGAUGAGGUGACCAGACAGACCGACACCAGAGCCAGCAGGGCUAAGAGGAGGGGAGGGACGGACGUCCUCAGAGGACCGAAUGUGUGUGGUUCAAGGAACAACGCCUACUGCUGCCCAGGCUGGAAGACUCUGACUGGAGGAAACCAGUGCAUCGUUCCAAUCUGCCGGAGUGCAUGUGGAGAUGGCUUCUGCUCCAGACCCAACAUGUGCACCUGUCCCAACGGCCAGAUCGCACCAUCCUGUGGCUCCAAAUCAGUCCAGCACUGUAACAUCCGGUGUAUGAAUGGCGGAACGUGUGCAGAGGACAACUGUCUGUGUCAGAAGGGCUACGUGGGAAAUCACUGUGGACAACCGGUUUGUGAGAAUGGCUGUCUAAAUGGAGGAAGAUGCGUGGCUCCCAACAGAUGUGUGUGCACCUACGGAUUCACUGGGGCUCAGUGUGAGAGAGACUACCGCACUGGGCCAUGCUUUGCCUCGGUGAAUAACCAGAUGUGUCAAGGCCAGCUCACAGGCAUUGUGUGCACAAAGACUCUGUGCUGCGCCACUGUCGGACGGGCGUGGGGUCACCCCUGUGAGAUGUGCCCGGCCCAGCCUCACCCCUGCCGACGAGGGUUCAUACCAAACCACCGCACCGGGGCCUGCCAAGACGUGGACGAGUGCCAGGCCAUCCCUGGCAUCUGUCAAGGAGGAAACUGCAUCAACACAGUGGGAUCAUUUGAAUGUAAAUGUCCAGCUGGGCACAAGUUCAACGAGGUCUCGCAGAAAUGCGAAGAUCUAGACGAGUGUUCAAACAUUCCAGGUCUUUGCAGUGUGGGUGAAUGCUCUAAUACCAUUGGCAGCUACUUCUGCAAGUGUCCCCAGGGAUAUUACACUUCUGUGGAUGGGUCCAGAUGUAUAGAUGCCCGCGGUGGGUACUGCUACACUAGUCUGGUGAACGGGCGCUGCGCCAACCAAAACUCGCAGCUGUUGACCAAAAUUCAGUGCUGCUGUGACAGUGGACGCUGCUGGUCCGAUGGAUCCACCCCCGAAAUGUGCCCCAUUCAAGGAACAGAAGAGCAUCAGAAACUGUGCAUUCAGAUACCGGAUGGGAGUCCUGACCUGCCUGGCAUCUACCCAGUUCCUUAUCCUGGUCAAACUCCUGGGCAGGUACCCAGGGUGAUUCCUGGUCAUAUCCCAAUCCAGGUUCCAGGCCACGUACCAGGCCAGGUCCCUGUUCAAAUACCAGGCCAGCCAAUUCCAGGACAUUAUCCAGUACAAACACCUGUACAGCCUCCUCCACCGGUGAUCAUCCAAACUCAGAAUAUCACCAACAUGUGCCAGGCCUACCGCAACCUCUGCCUGAAUGGCAGGUGUAUCCCGAUGUCAGGCGUCGGAUAUCGGUGUGAAUGCAACAUGGGGUUCAGACUGGACGGAAGGGGAGAGUGCAUUGACGAUGAUGAAUGUGAGAAAGGCCCGUGUGCACAUGGAGAGUGUGUGAACACCCCUGGGUCUUACAUCUGUCAGUGUCCUGCUGGAUUCCAGUCCACCGCAACCAGGACAGAGUGCCGAGAUCUGGACGAGUGCGUGGCCAAUGGUCGUAUCUGCAACAACGGCCGCUGUGUGAACACUGAAGGCAGCUUCCACUGUGUCUGCAAUGCUGGAUUUGAAAUUUCACUAGAUGGCAAAAACUGUCAAGACCAGGAUGAGUGUCUGAUCAGGAACAUGUGCCUCAAUGGACUGUGUAUCAAUGAAGAUGGCAGCUUCAAAUGCAUCUGUAAACCCGGCUUCCUGCUGGACACCAGCGGACGCAUGUGUGUAGACAUUGACGAAUGUGAGACUCAAGGCAUGUGCAUGAAUGGCCACUGCGUCAACACAGAGGGAUCCUUCCGCUGUGAGUGCAUGGCUGGAAUGGCCGUGGGCCUGGAUGGACGUGUCUGCGUAGACACACAUAUGCGCAGUUCGUGUUAUGGCGGCUACAAGCGAGGGCAGUGCGUUAGGCCUUUAUUUGGAGCUGUGACCAAGUCGGAGUGCUGCUGCGCCAGCACAGAGUACGCCUACGGAGAGCCCUGCCAACCCUGCCCACCACAAAGCUCUGCUGAAUUCCUGGUCCUGUGUCCCAGUGGCACUGGCAUAACCGGCGAUGGAAGAGAUAUUAACGAGUGCGCCCUCGACCCCGACAUCUGCCAGAAUGGAGUGUGCGAGAACAUGCUGAGGACGUACAAGUGCACCUGCAACGAAGGCUUUGAGGUGGACCUCACGGGCAAGAACUGUAUCGAUAUUGAUGAGUGUUUCAUGAACAGACUGCUGUGUGAAAACGGUCUGUGCAGAAAUACGCCAGGGAGUUUCAGCUGUCAGUGUCCCAAAGGAUAUCGCUUCGAUCCCGAGACAGACGUCUGCGAGGAUGUGAAUGAAUGUGACUCUAGCCCCUGUGUUAAUGGAGACUGUGUGAACAGCCAAGGGUCCUUUGUGUGUCUGUGCUCAAUGGGCAGUUCGUUGGACAGCACGGGGCUGGAGUGUAUAGAGACAACAAAGAGCACCUGCUGGCUGAAAAUAGUUAACAACCGCUGUGAGGUCAACAUCAAUGGGGCGACCCUGAAGUCUCACUGCUGCGCCACACUGGGAGAAGCCUGGAACAGCCCUUGCGCCAAAUGUGAAAAAGAUCCGUUUUGUGGCAAAGGCUUUGCCAGAGUUAAAGGAAAUGUCUGCGAAGAUGUGGAUGAGUGUCAAGUGUUUCCUGGAGUGUGCAUCAAUGGGAAGUGCAUGAACACACCUGGAUCCUUUUUCUGCCAGUGCCCCCCGGGGAUGACCGUGGAUGUCAGUGGCAGGAUGUGCAUUGACCUGCGUACGGAGCACUGUUACCUCACCCAUGAGGACGAGCGCUGUGGGGCUCCUAUCCCAGGGAAGCACCGCGUGGAUGCUUGCUGCUGCUCAGUCGGAGUGGCCUGGGGCCCUGAAUGCGACGAAUGUCCGGAAAGAGGAACUCCACUGUAUGCACAGCUUUGUCCUCGAGGCCCAGGCUUCUCACACAGGGGCGACUUCCUCAAUGGCCGACCCUUCCUUAAAGAUAUAAACGAAUGCAGGAUGAUUAACACCCUGUGCUCCAAUGGGCGGUGCAGAAACACCAUUGGCAGCUUCCGGUGUCGCUGUGAUAACGGUUAUGCUCUGGACUCCGAUGAGAGGAACUGCACUGACAUCGACGAGUGCCACAUCUCUCCAGAUCUAUGUGGACAGGGCACGUGUGUCAACACACCGGGAGAUUUUGAGUGCGAGUGCUUCAAAGGUUAUGAGAGUGGCUUCAUGAUGAUGAAGAACUGCAUGGACAUCGACGAAUGCGAGAGGAACCCCCUGCUCUGCCGUGGAGGCGAUUGUUUAAACACAGAGGGCAGCUUCGAGUGUGUGUGCCCAGAAGGACACGAGGUAGCGCCCGAUGGGUCGGCCUGUUUAGACAUCAACGAGUGUGAGUUGAGCGACAGACUGUGCAGGAAUGGCCAGUGUGUCAAUAUGAUCGGCCGCUACCAGUGUUCCUGCAACACAGGAUACAAAUCCACCGAGAGCCGAGUGGAGUGUGUUGACAUUGACGAGUGCACCAUCGAGAACGGCGGCUGUGAGUCGUUCUGCACCAACUCAGAGGGCAGCUAUGAGUGCAGCUGCAACAGUGGAUUCGCCCUGAUGCCUGAUUUGAGAAGCUGCACUGAUAUUGACGAGUGUGAGGAGACCCCAGACAUCUGCGACGGGGGCCAGUGCACCAACACACCAGGGACUUACCAGUGUCUGUGCUUCGACGGUUUCAUGUCAUCUGAGGACAUGAAGACCUGCCUGGAUGUGGAUGAGUGCGAGCUGAACCCAAACAUCUGUCUGAGUGGGAACUGUGAGAACACCAAGGGAUCCUUCAUCUGUCACUGCGACCUGGGUUACUCUGUACGCAAGGGCACCACGGGCUGCACAGAUAUUAAUGAGUGUGAGAUUGGAGCCCAUAACUGUGACAGACACGCAACCUGUACCAACACAGCUGGCAGCUUCAAAUGCAACUGUGCUCCAGGGUGGAUUGGCAAUGGCCUCAAAUGCACAGACCUGGAUGAGUGUUCGAAUGGGACACAUAUGUGCAACAACAACGCUGAAUGUCUCAACACCAUGGGCUCAUAUCGUUGUGUGUGCAAGGAUGGAUUCUCCGGAGAUGGAUUCUACUGCUCAGACAGCGAUGAGUGCGCAGAGAACAGCAACCUGUGUGAGAGCGGCCACUGUCUCAAUCUGCCCGGAGGCUACCGCUGCGAAUGUGACAUGGGCUUCAUCGCCACCCCCGACGGCAAGGCCUGUGAAGACAUAGACGAGUGCACCUUUGCUGACAUCUGUGUGAACGGACGCUGCCAGAAUAUCCCAGGGCUUUUUAGAUGCGAAUGCAGCAUUGGCUAUGAACUGGACAGGAGUGGAGGCAACUGCACAGACAUCAAUGAAUGCGCGGAUCCGACCACUUGCAUGAAUGGUAUGUGUGUUAACAUCCCCGGAAGCUACCACUGUAACUGCCCGGCAGACUUCGAGCUCAACCCCACCCGAGUGGGCUGUGUAGACACUCGCUCUGGAAGCUGCUACUUAAACGUUCGUUCGCGGGGAGAUGCAUCGGAGAGCCUGGAGUGCUCCAACGAGAUCGGAGUUGGUGUUUCAAAGGCGUCCUGCUGCUGCUCCCACGGCCGGGGCUGGGGGAAUCCAUGUGAAUCGUGCCCCUACGUCAACUCGACUGAGUACAAGACACUGUGUCCUGGAGGAGAAGGCUUCAGGCCAAACCCCAUCACUGUCAUCUUGGAAGACAUCAAUGAGUGUCAGGAGCUGCCCGGAUUGUGCCAGGGAGGACACUGCAUCAACACCUUUGGCAGUUUUCAGUGUGAAUGUCCAAGAGGCUUUGCCCUCAACCUGGAAACCAGAGUCUGCGAAGACAUCAACGAGUGUGAACGGCCAGGUAUCUGUGGUCCAGGCCAGUGCUACAACACUAUUGGUAACUACACCUGCAUCUGCCCUGUGGACUACAUGCAGGUCAACGGAGGAAACAACUGCAUGGACAUGAGGAAGAGCUACUGCUACAGGAACUUUUACUCUGACAACGGGACAUGCGACGGGGAGCUGACCUUCAACAUGACCAAAAAGAUGUGCUGCUGCUCCUACAACAUCGGCCACGCGUGGAAUAAACCCUGCGAACAGUGUCCCGUGCCAAGCACCGAUGAGUUCGCCAUCCUGUGCGGCAGUGAGAGGCCCGGAUAUUAUAUUGACAUCACCACCGGACGCGUCAUUGAUAUUGACGAGUGCAGAGAAAUCCCAGGAGUGUGUGAGAACGGAGUGUGCAUCAACAUGAUCGGCAGCUUCAGGUGCGAGUGCCCCAUCGGCUUCAUCUACAACGACAAGCUGCUGAUUUGCGAAGAUAUUGACGAGUGUCAGAACGGGCCGGUUUGCCAGCAGAACGCAGCUUGCCUGAACAUGCCAGGAAGCUACCGCUGCGAGUGUAAACCUGGAUAUCGCUUCACUCCCACCGGACAGUGUUUAGACCGUAACGAGUGCCUUGAGAACCCCAGCAUAUGCAACCCCGGCCAGUGCAUUGACACGUUGGGAAGCUACCGCUGCCUUUGCCCCAACGGCUUCAAAGCAACGCGGGAUCAGUCCAUGUGUGUCGACGUGGACGAGUGCGAGAGACAACCCUGUGGCAACGGGACCUGUAAGAACACGGUGGGCUCCUACAACUGCCUGUGCUACCCCGGCUUUCAGAACUCUCACAACAGCGACUGCAUAGAUGUCGAUGAGUGUUCGACGCAGAGGGGCUUGUGUCGAAACGGACAGUGCGUGAACACCGUGGGCACCUUCCACUGCGUGUGCAAUGAUGGUUACGAGCUCUCUUUGGACAACAGAUUGUGUACAGAUAUUAAUGAAUGUGCAGUGAAUCCGGGCACAUGUGGUGCAGGAACUUGUCUGAACCUGGACGGCUCGUACAGGUGCAUCUGCCCACCUGGCUACUAUCUCCAUGAGGAAACGUGUGAAGAUAUCGACGAGUGCUCCCAGUCUCCUGAGAUGUGUGUAUUUGGAACGUGCGUCAACGUCGAAGGAAGCUUCACCUGCUUGUGCCCAGAAGGCUUCCAGCUCUCUGCCUCUGGACGCAGAUGUUUAGAUAUCCGUGUGAACUACUGCUACACCAAGUUUGAAAAUGGGCGCUGCCUGGCUCCGAAGCCUCAAAACACCUCUAAGGAAGUUUGCUGCUGCACUGGGAUGCCCGGUCAGGGAUGGGGAGACCCUUGUGAAAUCUGCCCCAGCAAAGGAGAAGAGGGAUAUAUCCUUCUCUGUCCUAAUGAGGGAUAUCAACGAGGGGAUGAUGACCAUCCAAAAGAUAUCGAUGAAUGCCUCAAUGAUCCUUGCGAAAAUGGCCAGUGCAUCAACACGGACGGCUCGUUCCGCUGUGAAUGUCCCAUGGGAUACCGCCUGGACAUUAGAGGCGUUAAAUGUGAAGACACUAAUGAGUGUGAGAUCGGCAAUCCCUGCGGAAACGGCACGUGCACUAAUGUCAUCGGAGGGUUUGAGUGUGCGUGCGACGACGGCUUCGAGCCCGGCCCGAUGAUGACCUGUGAAGACAUCAACGAGUGCGCCCAGAACGCCCUCCUGUGCGCCUUCCGCUGUGUUAACGUGGUGGGCUCGUACGAGUGCAAAUGUCCCACUGGCUACGUGCUGCGCGAGGACAAGAAGAUGUGCAAAGAUCAGAACGAGUGCGAAGAUGGCAUAGAUGACUGCGAGAGCAGAGGGAUGACCUGCAAGAACCUGAUUGGUACAUACAUGUGCAUCUGUUCUCCCGGAUACACGCGCAUGCCCAGUGGAGAGGGCUGCAUGGACCUGAAUGAAUGCACCAAACCAGGCGUCUGUAAGAAUGGCCGCUGUGAAAACACAGUAGGAAGCUACCGCUGCAGAUGCGACCAGGGAUUCAUCGCUAACCCAACACAGACAGAAUGCAUUGAUAACCGUGAAGGCUUCUGCUUCACUGAAGUUCUGACCACACUGUGCCAGAUGACUUCUAGCAACAGGAACUUGGUGACCAAGUCUGAGUGCUGCUGUGACGGAGGCAGAGGAUGGGGCACCAGCUGUGAGCUCUGCCCGCUGCCGGGGACCACCCAGUACAAGAGGAUGUGUCCUCUGGGACCUGGGUACACCACGAGUGGCAGAGACAUUGAUGAGUGUCGCGUGAUGGGGAACUUGUGCAAGAAUGGUCAGUGCAUCAACACGCUGGGCUCCUAUCACUGCGUCUGCAAAACCGGUUACACUACUGACAUCAGCGGCACACUGUGUGUGGAUGUGGAUGAGUGCAUACAGGCACCGAAGCCGUGUAACUUCAUCUGCAAGAACACCGAAGGAGGCUACAUCUGCUCCUGCCCUCGAGGAUACAUCCUGCAGGAAGAUGGAAAAAGCUGCAGAGAUCUGGACGAGUGUUCAACCAAACAGCACUACUGUCAGUUCUUGUGCGUUAACACCAUCGGCGGCUUCACCUGCAAAUGUCCUCCUGGCUUCACCCAGCAUCACACGUCCUGCAUCGACAACAACGAAUGCGCAACGGAUCCAAAUCUGUGCGGAUCCAAUGGCGUCUGUCAGAACACCGCGGGAAGCUUCAAUUGCGACUGCCAGCGGGGAUUCUCACUGGAUCCCAACGGACAAAACUGUGAAGAUAUGGACGAGUGUGACGGUAACCACAGGUGUCAGCAUGGAUGUCAGAACUUAGUGGGUGGAUACAGAUGUAGCUGUCCACAAGGCUACCUGCAGCACUACCAGUGGAACCAGUGUGUUGAUGAGAACGAGUGUCUGAACAGCCAGAUCUGCGGGGGAGCGUCAUGCCACAACACCCUUGGGAGUUUCCGCUGCCUCUGCCCCACUGGCUUCAACUACGAGCAGACCAGCGGAGGCUGCACGGACGUCAACGAGUGCUCCACCAGCCAGACCCCCUGCAAGUUUGGAUGUUCGAACACGGACGGGGGCUACCUCUGCGGAUGCCCGCCUGGAUACUUCCGUGCAGGACAAGGACACUGUGUCACAGGCCUGGGCUUCACAAGUGGCGCCCCGGGUGGAGGACAAGGAGGUGAGGAGGACGAUAAUUCACUCUCACCCGAGGCCUGCUACGAAUGUAAGAUCAACGGCUAUCCCAAGAAGGGACGCAAACGUCGCAGCACCAACUCAACACAUGGGGAUCCUGUGGAUAACCUGCAGCUGACUGAGAAGGAGACGAUCAGCCUGGCCAGUUUGGACAUCGAGGACACUCUCCAGUUCCACCUGAACAUCAGUGACCUGAGCAACCGGGACCAAAUCCUCGUCUUCACCCCAGCCUUGUCCACUCUCAGCGACCAUGUACGCUACAGCAUUGACUACGGAAACGAGGAAGGCUAUUUCAAAAUCAACCAGAGGGAAGGGAUCAGCUACCUGCAUUUGAGCAAGAAGAAGGCCCUGGUGCCGGGGGCGUACUCCCUUCAGAUUAGCAGUAUGCCCCUCUACAGGAAGAAGGAGCUGGCUGAGCUGGAGGACCAACAUGAUAAAGACUACCUCACAGGACAGCUGGGAGACAUACUGAAGAUGAGGGUGCAGAUCAUUCUCCAUUAACCAUCACAAGACUGAGAGAGGCAGAUGUUGCCAGCGGCUGCUGAUCCAGUGUCAUUCUCACACUCUCCAAAAAAGGCUAAACAUUUCUGACUCUGGGUCAGUAGUUAGGGGGAACUUCUACUUGCUCCAACAGCGAGAACGGCUCACCACCAAAGAGACAAGAAGGGGUUUUUGGGGGGGAAGGGAGGGACUGGGUUAUUUGAUUACCAAAGAUGAUUCUGCAUAUCAUAGAUACAAUUUCUGCGGAAAAUGCCAGCUGAAACGGGGCAGUAUGGAAGAUUUCAGUCAAUGAAACACAUAUUGUCCGGCAUCACAACUCCCGCUGCGCUCAAAGCACUGGAGAGGGUGUGAAUAGGGUUUUUAAUUGUAGGGUUAAUGUUGUAUAAUGAUAUGUGGAAUCUGAUGCCACUUUGAAGGGCAUGUGGACUGCAGAAAGCUCUAAAGGCUGAUAUUUUUUUUUUGUUUUGUUUUUUUGUUUUAAAGAACUCAGCUUAGGUUGAAGAAAAAAGGGGCGAGUCCCAAUAGUCUGAAAUAAAUUCAUUUCCUCCCCUCACGUAAAUGACUGAACAAACCCAGAUACGUGGAAGUUGACAUUUCACUCCUUCCCCUGGUUUUAACUUAACGGAGUGAAGACGAUAAAGAUUGAGAAUAAUUAGGAGAGGAAAGGAAAAACCACAAUGGACUAUUGAGAUUUAGCCAUGUCUGAGAUUAAAUGACUCCUACUGCAUAUUUAAACUACGCUUUUCCAUCUUUCCUACUGACUAGAAUAAUUCAUAUUUACUGGUGCUAGCAACACUUCCACGUAGACUUGUGAAUGCACUGCACUACUAUACAAAACUCCGUAGUCAACAAGAUACAAUCUCAUCAGCCAUUCUGAAGAUUUCAUGUCUUUGCAACCGUAACAGCUAGCUUCAUAGCCUGUCUGCUCUCCUCUAUACUACAUGUAAAUUGUGUUUAUACUGUAAUAAUCAAUGCCACUUUUUAAUCUAUGAAGCAUUUGUAAACUAGAGGAAGCCCCUGGAAUAGAGGGUGUCAUAAUGGUGCUUAUAAUGACCAACUACUUCCUUUGUAAACUGUGUAUACAUACACACACACACACACACACACACACCUGCACACACGAAAAACACGUUGAUGAUGCCAAACCUGGGCCUUCAUGAUUAUGCACUGAGGUCUUCGUGGCCACACAUCCUCUCACAAGUAAAAUCAGUGCUGCAUUGCCACGGACCAGCCUGACACCAGUCUGUGUUCUCUGUUCACAUCAGUGAGGGUUUAGUUGUAAAUUCACAAUAAAACAUUUUUGGUGUACAUGUA